AUAAAGUUAUUUUAAAUAAUAUUUAUUCGAAAAACGAAUGGUCUACGCAAGGCCUUCGAAUAUGGAUUAUAGAACCAUUUAAAAGACUUAGAGUAGUUUAUCAUGGAUUUUUAAGAAACCGUCUAUCAAACGACAGCAACAAUAACAUUGAAUAUGUCCAAUUUCGAUUCAUUUGGAAUGCGGCAUCAAAUUCACUUAUUAAAUCUCCUCAAGAUUACACCACCAAUCUUUUGGCGGACGAUAUAUCAAGGGAGGAAUGGAAAGAUCAGGAGUGGCUGGAGUUAAUGGGUGACCAAAAAGGGUACGAACAAUACGGCGCAUUUAUAGGAUAUAUUGGGGGUGCCCAGUUCCCAGCGGAAACCCCUCUACAUGUUCCCGGAUUCCGUAAAAGAUAUUACGGAACAUCGGAUACUUAUUGCCUCGAUAGAGAUAUUUGUUUGUACGUUACCGCGCGUGAUGGUACCUUAUUUUGUAUUGGGGCGAAACGAUUCAAAUGGGGUUGUAAAAAUUUGAGAUAUGGGACCGUAUAUUUUGGGAAUGGGAAUUUAUUUGCGAUAAAGGAAAACGAUAUUUUCUUGGAAUACCAAGGAGCGGACGAAAUCGUACCAAAAACAUUAACAGCACAUUUUUCUGUUGACGGUAAGGAUUUAAAGUGCGUAAUUCAUAUAAACCCAAAAACAAUAAUACAAUUCGAAAACAAGUUCCAAGAUGGCUGGAUUAGAAAGCAAGGCUUAGCUAAUUGUGUAGUUAAUGGUGAAGAUGCCAAAGGGAUCAUCAGUUUUUGGUAUCAAACUCAAAAUUCCGAAGACAAAGUCCGAAUUCAAACUAUAGUCAAACCGUCACAUUCGAAAAACUACUUGCCGCCAGAAAAUUUUGUACUACCCUUUACCGACCCCUUGUCUACUAAAAUAGCCCUGACAGGAGGAAAAGGAGCUUCCCUAUCCCUACUCACAGCGAUACAAACGAAUGACUUUAUUGUGCCAGCGGGGUUUGUAAUACUUAGCAAUGCCCUAAACAAACUUUUAGAAGAAAAUAAGAACAUCAAACGGGCCCUUGAACAACUAGAGCAUGCCUGUUUCGGAAAAAGUGAUCGAAAUAUUGGAGACUGUUGUGAAGAAGUUACCAGUUUGUUAGCAAAAGAACCAGUACCUCGAGAUAUUGCAAACGAAAUUAUCAAAAAUUUGAAUUUGCCCUCAAAAAAUGGUACGCCUGAAGUAAAAUGGGCAGUCCGAUCGUCAGGAACCAUCGAAGAUUCGGAGGAAUUCUCAACCGCUGGUCAAAACGCGACAUAUUUGGGUUGCCAAACAGAAGAAGAAAUUUUAGAAGCUGUACCGAGAUGCUGGGCGUCGUUAUUCACAUUUCAAAGCGUCCACUACAGAAGGAACCAUGGACUACCCAUCGUCACCGACAUGGCGGUAAUCGUACAGAAAAUGGUCCCGUCGGACACUUCCGGUGUAAUCUUUACAUGUCACCCUUCCACAUCCGAUAUGUCCCAAAUGGUCAUAACUUCCAAUUACGGCCUUGGAGAGAGUGUCGUAUCUGGGCAAGCCGACCCUGACACCUACAUUUUAUCAAAGACCUGGGACGACAAGAUUUCCAUAUUAUCGAAACAGAAAGGGUCGAAAAAAGUUAAAGUUGUUAUGGCACACAAGGGUACCAAAGUUACCGAAAUCGACCCGGAAUCGGAAGAAGAAUGGAGUUUAUCGUCCGAACAAGCACUAACAUUAGGAAAAGUUGGCUUGCACAUAGAAAAAACGUUUGGGUCGCCGAGGGACAUAGAAUGGUCCUUUUGCGAGGGUCAACUUUAUAUUUUACAAUCGCGACCAGUUACAACAUUAAAUUCGUGGACGGAUUUCGAACUGACCCACGAAUACGAUACCCCCGUAGUGGGACCAGAUUUCGCGUACACCAAAGCCAACGUGGGGGAGGUAAAACCUGGGGCAGAGACCGUUCUAUCACACGACCUCGUUACUACGACCAUAAACAACUCUUUUACAAACCUUAACAAAGUCAAAGCCAAAGCGAUAAUUACGAGUCAUCAUAACUGUCUGAUGGACAUAAUAAACACUUUACUAUCAAGAACCGAAGAAGAUAUAAGUAUGGGAGUAAGGGCUUGUGAACUGGCCGUUUUCGGGCAUUAUGCCAUAAACGAAAAGAUGCACAAUAUGGCAAAAAAAAUUUUCGGAACCAAAAAAACUUAUCAGUUAAUUCCAGAAAUGUUAACACUUUUCAAAAAUACUGAUGCCACUGUAGCAGAGACCGAACAAAUUGCAAAAAAUCUAGAAAUAAUAAUCGAUAAUAACGAUUCUUGCGAAACCAUACUCAAAAAAAUCAAAGAGGCAUUGAAAAUUAUAGAAACGGUCACAGACCGAUACUGCCACAUCUCGAGGGUUAAUGUUUUUUAUCAAGCCAUCGUGUUCAGCGUCUUAACCAAUAACAAAACCGACAUAAAUGACGAAGUAUUUCAAGACAUUGUAUUGAUACUAUCGAUCUCAGCAAACAUUAUAUCGGCAACAAUUCCGAAACAAUUGGAACUGAUUGCAAAAACUAUAAAAAAAGAAAAUAUCAGCGAAGAAUUCGUCAACAUUGACCCGAAACUGGGACUUGAAUGGCUAGGAAAUAAAUCGCCAACUGUAAAAAGUUUACUGAGUAAUUUCCUAGACAUCCACGGACACCGAGUUUAUAAAGAAUUCGAACUAGCUGAACGUUCAUGGAAAGAAGAUCCAAGCAGGCUCAUUAGCAUGAUACAGGCCAAUUGUCGUAAGCAAACAACACACGAAAAAACAAAAGAAAAUUUAACAGUUGACGAAACUCUAAAUAAACUUCAGACAUUGAAAAGUUAUCCAAAAAGGAUCAUCUUAAAGUAUUUCAUCAACAAGUGCAUAAAGUCCAUGCUGGAUCGCGAAAAAACAAAAUGUGAUGUAAUAAUGGUAAUAGACAAACUCAAAAGGGCAAUUCGCACUUUAUCAACGCGAAUGGUGCGCAACGGUCACCUGCCCCACGACCAUUUAAUUUUUCAUUUGAGUUUGUACGAAAUUGAAAAAAUUAUCAAAAAAGAAAACAUUGCACUAGUGGCUAAGGCAACAAGAAGAAAGAAACUUUAUCCCCAAUGGAAUGAUCUGAAAUUCCCCGAAAUUGUGUGGGGAGUUCCAGAGCCAUUAAAGAAAAAGUCCCUUCUAGAACUGCUAUCCUCUCAUAGGGAAGGGGUAUCCGUAAAGGGCACUCCCGUGUAUCCGGGAGACGCGGUAGCAAGAGCGUGUGUUAUAAAAUCGAUCGACAACAUCGACCAUUUAAAAAAUGGCGACAUUCUUAUCACUUAUUCAACUGACAUAGGGUGGUCACCGUACUUCCCCAUGCUAUCUGGGAUAGUUACUGAAAUAGGGGGACUUAUAUCACACGGAGCAGUGGUAGCUAGGGAAUAUGGCCUGCCCUGUAUCGUUGGGGUUGAAAAUGCAACAGAAAUGUUUAAAACAGGAGACAAAAUACUUUUGUCCGGUAAAGAAGGAAUAAUAAGUCUUUUAAACGAUAGCAACAACACGGAAUAAUAAUAAAAAUAUUUAGUACACAUUA